AUGGCCUCGCAGAACGCCGACCCCGCCGCCGCCGCCCGCCACGCCACGAAGGCCGCCGAGCCCGGCAGCGCCGCCGCCCGGGGCUCCGUCCGGAGCAGGUAGGGGCGAGGGGGCAAGGGGGCUCCGGGGCGCGGGCAGAGUGCCGAGGCGGCCCUUCCUGUCGGGGGGGGGGAGGAGGUUGGCCGUCGGGCUCCUGAGCGCAUGCAGAGUUCCGCCGUGCUUCUUCCUGCGUGCGGGGGCAAGGGGGCUCCGGGGCGCGGGCAGAGUGCCUCCGUGCUUUUUCCUGUGGGGGGAAGGAGGUUGGCCGUCGGGCUCCUGGGCGUGUGCAGAUUGCCUCGGAGACCCUUCCUGUUUGCGGGGAGAAGGGGGCUUCUGAGCGCCUGCAGAGUGCCUAGGCGGCCCUUCCUGGAGGGGGGAGGGGGAGGUUGCCAGGCUCCUGAGCGCCUGCAGAGUGCCGCCCUGCUUCUUCCUGUAGGGGGGGAGGAGGUUGGCCGUCGGGCUCCUGGGCGUGUGCAGAUUGCCUCGGAGACCCUUCCUGUUUGCGGGGGGAAGGGGGCUUCUGAGCGCCUGCAGAGUGCCUAGGCGGCCCUUCCUGCAGGGAAGAAGGAGAUUGGCCGUCGGGCUCCUUCCUGUUUGCGGGGGUAAGGGGGCUCCUGGGCGCGUGCAGAGUGCCCCCUGCGGACCUUCUCUUUCCGGACCCCUGCUGCCGAUCUAACCCUCUUUCCCAUGUCUCCGCCCCACAGGCUGCAGCAGGAGCUGAUGACUUUGAUGGUGAGUCGCCCUUUCAGCAGCCCCUGAACUGCUGCUCUGCUUCUGCAUGGGGAGCCCAGAGGGGGGCGGGAGCUUCCUGCCCAGGAUGGAUGCCCUUUAAGGGUCCCGGCCGAGUAAGGGGGGGAUGGGGUGCCUUGGCUCUGCCAGGGAAGGAGGAAGAUCCAUCUUGAAUGUCUUGAGCACCCCAGAACUGAGCCAGCGCCCCUGGGGGCUCCUUUGCUGGGGCGUCGCCUUCCAUCUAUUUAUUUGCUUGCUUCAUUCAAUUUAUACCCUCACUUGAUUGUAGCUGAAAACCUCAGCGCAGGUUAAGAAUUUGAGAUGUAUGUAAUGAACAAAAAUGAGAACUGAAUAAAAAAAAUUAAUAAAAAUAAAAAACCUCAGCACAGUAUAGGAAAAAGUCAAAAGAACAAAAAAAUCCCACAAAAAAUAGUACAGAAAUAAGUUAAAACACAAAAGGUUACAAGAACAAUGUGCUGGAAAAAAUUGAAACACAUCCAUUUGUCUAAACAGGCUUGUCUAAACAAGAACUACAGUAUGUUGUUAUUAUUUGUUGAAAUUGUUAGUCACUUUAUCUUGCUCAAGGGCAAACCAAACAAAAUACCGGUACAAAGCCCACGUGGAUGCAGUAAAAGCAGGUGUGGGGGAUAAAUAAAAAAUAUCCCACUCAGGCACCCUAAAGCGUUCAGUGAAGGCAGCUGCCUCAUCUCAAGUGGCAAGGAGUUCCAAAGUGUAGAUGCUGCCCUGAAAAACCGAGUUCUUACAAAUGCAAAAUAGGCAACGUGGGGCGCCUGUGACAGGGCCCCGAUUCACAGUCCGAAGCGGUUGGGUGGGCAGAUAGGAGGCAAGGCAAGCUGCUAGGUAAACUGGCUCCAAGUUGCUGAGGGUUUUGUGGGCAGUAAUAAUAAUAAUACAUUUUAUUAUUUAUACCCUGCUUUCCCCAGCCACUCUGGGCGGCUCCCAACAGAACGCUAAAAACAGAAUAAAACUGCAAACAUUCAAAACUUCCCUAAACAUUACUAAUGGAGGGGCAGCUUGUGAGGCUGUGUGCCGCCUGAGGGGGGCGCCCUGUUGCCCCGGGGGAGGAAUGUGGGUCGGCCGGCCAGGGCAGUUUUCCUCCACCCUCCUGGGUGAGACAACCCAGUGCUUCCAGCAAACCGCAAAGCGUCUCCCAGUUCCCCCUUCUUCAGCCACUCUCGCCUGUUUCUCCACGCAGAUGUCUGGGGAUAAAGGGAUCUCGGCCUUCCCAGAGUCAGACAACCUCUUCAAGUGGAUCGGGACCAUUAAUGGAGCAACUGGGACGGUGAGUUGGGUCAGGGGGGAGGAAGCCUUGGGCCUCGGAGGUCAGCCUCAUCUUCACAGGCGGAAGCAGCAGCAACAGUUCUCCAGGGUCUGGGGAGGGGGGGUCUCCCCCAUGUGCAGAAUCAGACCCAGGGCCUUCCAUGCGCAAGGUGCAGCCACCCUGCGGGGUGAGAAUUGGGGCAGGGGGUAAGGCAGGGACCCCAAAUGAGCCAUGCUGCUAUCAUCCGUUUGUCCUGGGAACAACAAUGUCCAUCUGAGGGUCCCGGGUGUCUGGAGUGGUGCGCAGACCUGGGAACAUGCAAUGUUCCCAGUGUACUCCAGUGGAGUCCAGGGUCAGGUUUAAGGUGCUGGUGAGAGAAGUUGCAGCCACAGCAAAGGUGGCAUUUUCCCAUCUCCACCGUAUUAAGCAGUUGGUCCCUUGCCUUUCCCGCACUGACCUGGCCACAGUGAUCCAUGCGACGGUCACCUCCAGACUUGAUUACUGUAACUCGCUCUACGUGGGGCUGCCCUUGAAGCUGACCCAGAAACUCCAGCGGGUGCAGAAUGCUGCGGCGAGGCUCCUUACGGGGUCCUUGCUGCGGGAUCACAUUCAUCCAGCGCUUUACCAACUGUACUGGCUCCCGGUGGAGUACAGGGUCAGGUUGAAGGUGCUGGUUUUGACCUUUAAAGCCCUAUGCAGCCUAGAACCCAAGUACCUAUGGGACCACCUCUCCUGGUCUGCCCCGCGGAGGACCUUAAGGUCCACAAAUGACAACACCUUGGAGGUCCCAAGUCGCAAGGUGGUUAGACUGGUCUCAACUAGGGCCAGGGCCUUCUCAGUACUGGCCCUGACUAGGUGGAACGCUCUGUCACAAGAGACCAGGGCCCUGUGGGACUUGACAUCUUUCCGCAGGGACUGCAAGACAGAGCUGUUCCGCCUGGCCUUUGGAUUGGACACGGUCUGACCCUUAUGUUUCCCUCCCCUUAUGGUCUUGAUCUAUGGGCUUCUUUUAAAAUGAGGCUGCAUUUUAAAUUGCAUUUUAACCUGUAUUUUAAAUUGGGUUCUCCCCCCCCCCUUUUUACCCCCUAUUAUGUUUUUACUGUGAUUUUAUUGGUGCUAGCUGCCCUAAGCCUGGGGAGGGGUGGGUAGAAAUACAAUUUUCACUGCUACUAUUAUUGUUGUUAUUAAUGCAACAUGACCUCUGUGCACGUGCAAAGUGCAUUCUGUUAUGGCCGUGUAUUUAGCCCGCAUCCUGCGGUUAGAAGACAGAGACUGAAGUUCAGGCCACUGUCGUCUCUUGCAGAAGGCUUCUGGGUCCUGCCGCUGAGGGCAGAGCAGUUUGGAGAUUGCCUAGGAAAUGAGGCAUAUAGGAAAACUGCUGCCAGAUUUCACGUGCUUAAGGCAAGAGGGAGUGGCUGCUGCCUGAGGUCAAAGGGGUCCCGAAUCUCCUGCAGCGUUCUGUUCUCACAGUGAACACUUAGAAGCCCACAGACAGUGACGGGAAAGGGUGGAAGCAAGUGGAGUUGGGAAUCUUGCCUUGAGGCAGGAGGCAGCGUGUUGCAAUGGUUAGUGUGCCAGACUUGGGGCGGGGAUAUACCACUCGGCCAUGAAGCUCACACUGAGGACUAGUCACCUGCCUCUCAGCCUAGCCUCCCUCACAGGGCUGUUGCGGGGAUUCAGUGAGGAAGGGAAUUAUUAUUUAAGGUAGAUAAGGACAAGAUGAAAUUAUACAACUGAAUACAAAUAUAGAUGGGAAACGGCUAUGUAUUGUGAGUACUUAUCUACUUUUUAAAAUUUUCACCUAUGAUCUUUUUCUUUUACUUUAUUUUUUCUUUGUUCUUUUUUUCUUUUUUCUGAUAUCUUUCAUUUCACUGCUUUAUUGUGAAUAGCAUUUUAUAGAGGUAUAAAUAACUGUAAAUAUGAAAAGAGACAAAAUAUUCUCUCAUUUUUUUUCCUUGGUUAGAUGUAUUUUCUUUCUUUUUUUGUAUUUUCUUUAGUUGUGAAUAUGUAUGUUUUCUAAUUUGUACUUAAUAAAAAUAUUUUAAAAAAAUAAAAUAAAUGAGGAAGGGAAGAACUAUGUACACUCCCUUGAGGGCCUUUAGAAAAGGUGAAAUAUCAAUGCAAAUAUUUAUAAUUAGAUGGAAUGCAGUGUCUGCUUUAUGCCUCUCUGCUCUUCACCCAACCUCUGCCGCCCCCUUCCUCCAAAAGGUUUAUGAGGACCUGAGGUACAAGCUGUCCUUGGAGUUCCCCAGCGGGUACCCUUACAACGCGCCCACCGUCAAAUUCCUCACCCCCUGCUACCACCCCAACGUGGACCUGCAGGGGAACAUCUGCCUGGACAUCCUCAAGGACAAGUGGUCGGCUCUCUACGACGUCCGCACCAUCCUGCUCUCCAUCCAGAGUCUGCUGGGAGGUGAGUCAGAAGCGCUGGGGGCCUUGGGCUGGGGGGCUGCUCCUGCCCUCCAACUCCAGACCUGGCCUGGGGUCCGGCCAGGACCCUCCAGCCCCAGUGAAACAACCAGCACACAGCUCUACCUGAAGAACUCCUACCCGGUCUUGUCCUGAGAAUUCAAGGUGGGCUUGCAUGAUCUUUCUUGCAUGAAAGCCGUUCUCUGCGCCUCAUUCGUUUUUCCUUCAACAGCGGCGCUGAAAACCCCAAGCUGAUUUAGCCACGGUUGGGUUGGGCGGGAUGACCCUUGAGGGUCCCUUCCCUCCUUUGUCCCCCACCCAGAAUAAUUCCUGGGGCUGUGCUCAGAAGAUCUUCCUGGCUGCAACUUCGGCCGUGGGAUCAGGUGGGGGUUUCUGAGCUGGGAAGAGUUCCCUGGCCUGUUUCUGGGGCAUAGGGGGUGCAGUUGAAGGAUCUCUCCCCCCCCCCGGUAGUCUUGGGCCUUUGCCAACCGCAGCCCCUGCCCUGACGGCAAAUCUCUCCCCGCAGAGCCAAACGUCGAGAGUCCGCUGAACACGGAAGCUGCAGAGCUCUGGAAGGACCAGGCAGGUGGGUGUCUCAAAAUUCAGAUUAUGCAUCAAGGGGAGGGAGGCAUAGCGAUGGGGGGGUGUCUUUCUGGAUCUCCUUUUCUCUCCUCCCCACAUCAUUUUGAGCCCCAGAGGAUGCUGCGAGGAUCUGUCCCUUGGAGCAUGUACAGAGGGCCAGGGGAAAGUCCUCUGGAACUUGGAGGCAGAGAAUGGGCCAGAGACACUUGAGACUGGGGCGGAGAAGGGAGUGUUGGGGGCUGUUUGGAGGCCCAAGGAAGCCCCCCACUUGAGUCCUCAACAGAAGUGAGCCUGUGGGGUGGCUAUGGAGGAAGAAUCAAAGCCACAGCGCCGGAUCCUUUGCCCCCACCCCACGGAAAUCGGGGUGUGUGGUUGUCUCUUCCGCCAGCUCCCGACUGCUAUUGCAGUCCCGUUUGACAUGGCCUUGGGAGGGAAGGGGGAGUGUCUUGGGGUUUUUUUGGGGGGUGCCGUUGCGCAGGAUGCAAAAGCCAUUCAGAAGCCCCCGCCUCCUUCCCCUGACCUUCGUUUCCGUGUCUCUCCCCCCCGCAGCCUACAAGAAAUACCUUCACGAAUCGUAUGCAAAGCAUAUGAAGAACCAGGAUACCUGAUGCCCCCCCCCGCCCCACUCCUGUCUUCCGUCUCCCCCCUGGUGUUGUGUCCGUCUUUGCACCGCUUUCUCUGUGAAUGCCACUGUAUUAUAGACUUGUUUUUAAAUUUAUUUGGCAUUUUGUCCUGUGGAUUAAUGUAUAAAUAAACCUGUUUCCUUUUUGGGGUUUUUUUUCUAAA